AUGUCAUUCGGAAGCGGUUCGCUUCGACGAAUUCGACUUCAACGAGCAGAUGUGCUGAUUCAGGGACAUUUCCAGUGCGGUCCAGUACAAGUGUGGUGUCUCAACAGAAACCUAAAAGGCGUCAAAAUUGAAAAAGGAAGCUAUCCCUUUUUGAGCCCCCUCGCUUAUCCUACGGGCACUAGCGCAGGUGGUGGAGGCGGUUCUUCCGGUGGGUUUAAUCUCAGCGGCAGUGCAAGUGACGCGAGUGGUGCCGCCGCUUCCUCGGCGGCAACAGUUUCAGCAGUAGCUGCAGCGGUCGCUGCAGCUGCUUCUGCAUCAGUUUCCAACUCAACAAGCGCCGCUCUAAGCGGUGCAAGCAACCUCUUCGGCAGCGGUUCCACAAUUCACUCUUCAUCGACGCAGCAGCACUCUUCGCCUUCGGCUUCCUCGUCUGCAGCAGCAGCAGCUGCGGCGGUGGCAGCAGCAGCUGCAGUGCAGCACCAUCCGCACUUCUCGUCCCUGGCAGCGGCAGCGGCGGCCAGUGGAGGGGAGUCUCACCCGCAUCAUACGCAUCCACAUCACCCACCUCCACCGCCCUCACAUCAUUCCCAUCAUCCAGCGCAUACCGUCAGUGGCAUACCGGCGGCACUCAGGAUGGACUGCGACUACUCCAAGCUGUUCUAUGCCAAACCUGCCGCGGAUGGAAAGUCGUCAUCACUGGCGACGUCGUUGAGCCAUUUAGUGGACGUAACUUGA